AUGGUGGAUACCACUGCAGCCACAGCAUCUGCUCCUCCCACGGGAGCUCCUCACGGGCACUGCGAGCUGGUCAGCAAGUGCUGUGUCCCUGCCCAGGUGGAAACUAUGGUUCCUACGGUGUUUGUCGAUGGACUGGAGCGCGUGAAUGCUGGAGGCCACUGGGGCAAGUGGAGGAGUUGGCAAUUUUGCCGCUGUGGCUAUGCCAAUGGAUUUGUGCUGAAGGUGGAGCCCUCCCAGUUUGGAAGAGAUGACACAGCUCUGAACAGCAUACACCUGCAUUGUCAAGAUGACACAGUCAUCGAGUCCUUGGUGGGGGAGUGGGGUACCUGGACCAGCUUCCAAGUUUGCCCUGGAGGCUACUUGAUUACCUUCUCACUGAGAACAGAGAAGUCCUAAGGAGGAGGUGAUGACACAGCAGCCAACAACAUCCAGUUCAGAUGUUCAGAUGCAACUGUACUAGUAGGUGGUGGACUGUCGUGGGGUAGAUUUGGCCCAUGGAGCAAAAGCUGCAACAUAUGCAGUCUCCAGACCAGGGUAGAGCCCCCACAGGGGCUUCAGGAUAACACAGCACUCAACAAUGUGAAAUUUUUCUGCUAUAAAUGA